AUGUCUGGCGACAGGGAUUAUAUUGGAUUUGCUACUUUACCGGAGCAAGUACACAGAAAAUCUGUAAAAAGAGGAUUCGAAUUUACGUUGAUGGUUUGCGGUGAAACUGGUCUGGGAAAAUCUACUCUGAUCAACAGUUUAUUUCUUGGUGAUCUUUAUAAGGAUCGACGUAUUCCUGAUGCAAUUGAUCGAAUUGAAAAAACAACGACUAUUGAAAAGAAGACGAUGGACAUUGAAGAAAGAGGAGUGAGAUUACGUUUAAACAUUAUUGACACACCUGGAUUUGGAGAUGCUGUUAAUUGUGAAGAUACAUGGAAGCCAUGUUCUGCAUACAUUGAUGAGCAAUUUAGACAGUAUUUUACCGAUGAAAGUGGGCUCAAUCGUAAAAAUAUUCAAGAUAAUCGUGUUCAUUGUUGUUUGUACUUUAUUCCUCCUUAUGGCCAUGGUUUGCGACAAAUGGAUCUUGAAGUCUUAAAACGACUCCAUAGAAAAGUAAAUAUUGUCCCAGUUAUCGCUAAAGCUGACACUCUGACAAGUCAAGAAGUUAGAAAAUUAAAAGAAAAUAUUUUAGCGGACAUUGAGGAACAUGAAAUCCAGAUUUAUCAAUUUCCGGACUGUGAUAGCGAUGAGGAUGAAGAGUUUAAGCAACAGGAUAAAGAAUUGAAAGCUUGUGUACCUUUUGCUGUGAUUGGUAGUUCUACGGUGCUUGAAGUUUCAGGAAGAAAAGUACGAGGAAGACAAUAUCCUUGGGGUGUCGUUGAAGUUGAAAAUCCAAAGCACAGUGAUUUCGUAAAACUACGUACUAUGUUGAUAUCAACUCACAUGCAGGACUUGAAAGACGUAACACAAGACGUUCAUUAUGAAAAUUUCAGAGCGCAAUGUAUAUCUCAAAUAUCACAACAAGCAAUCAGGGAAAGGAGGUACUUACCCAACAAAUUAAAAAGAGACUCUGGUCCACACUUUGAAAAUAGUAUAUCUGACACAGACCGACUGUUGCUUCAAAAAGAUGAAGAGAUUCGAAGAAUGCAAGACAUAUUAGCUCAAAUGCAAGAAAAAUUAAAAGCUACUGGUCAAGUUAGCAGUGGUGGAUUACGAGGCAGAGUGGGUAGUUUGGGUAACGAUUUAGAUGUUAUUGACCAUGAUAAAAAACGUAACAGUAUUAUUGACGUUUAA